AUGGAUUUUAGAGCCGUCACUGGAAGAAACAUUAACGGAAGCGGCUCGAUCGUUCAGGCUUUUGAGAAAGUCUCUCUUUACAUCAUCCUUCGCUCAUACAUCGGAAUGCUUGUUUAUUGUGUGAUACUUUCCUCCACAUCGGCUCUCAUCAUUUUUUGUGGAUGGUCUUUGUAUGAAUUGAUCGUUCCAUUGAUAUCCGUCUACAUACCAACGUCGAUUUUUUUCCUCUCGGCGUUGCUCGGUUUCGAUGGAUGGGACACGGAGAUGUUGACAAUCAGCAUCAUGCUCGAUCCAAUCCUAGAGCCUCUUGUCAUUAUGUAUUUCAUCAAGUGCUAUAGGCGUCCCAUCGCGCGUUUCCUUUGCUGUGGCCAAAAUAGCGUGUGCGGCUUUGAAACAAGCGAGAGAAAGCACAAUGGUUUGAAUCGCACAACCACAGGAACAAACACAAAUGCGAGCACCAGCAAUCGAAAUCAGAUCUCUCCGGAAAGCAAGGAGACCUCACACCACUCGUUUCAUGGA